UGAAAGGAGGGGGAGGGGAGGACUCAGGGCCAUUUGUUUGGGCUGUCCUGUUCAUUGACAUCUUCUUCCCCUGUUGCCGUGUCUCUGUGUUCUCUAGAGGGUGGUGUGUGGGUGAGGGAAAAGACUGACAGGAGAGCAGAAGGUGUGAGCAUGGGAGGGAGCAUGGUGGGCCUCCUCCUGCCGCUGUGUUAGAGCCAUCCAUCACUCAGGUGAUCUGAUCCUAAAGGCCAGUGGAGUUGGAUUCGAGGAAUGUGGUGGCGGUAGUCGCCGGAUCUUAACGACCCUGCAAGCAAAGCAGAGGACAACCAGCAUCUGGCAAAGAGGAGUAAGGGUGGCGGUGUCUCUCUCCUCCUUAGUUGUUUACUAGCCUACUGAGCUACUUGCUGUCUCCUCUGCCAUGGAGCUGGGAAACAGCAGAGCUUCUCCAUUAGACCGCAUCUUGUGACUUGCAAAAGCUGGAGUAUUCUUCUGUCUUCUGCCUCCUACGGGAAGUCCAUGCUUUAUGUUCCAAGGUUGCCUUUAGUUUUUGAGAGGGUGGCAGAAUUGAUGUAACAUUCUCCGGUUAAGCAGUAAGUGAAGAAGAGAAGGUGCAUCGAUUAGUUCCACGAUGAAGUUUAUGAAGCUUGGAUCCAAACCUGAUUCCUUUCAGAGUGAUGGGAAAGACAUCAGGUUCGUGGCCACUGACUUAGCAGCUGACAUCAUUAUUCGUGUAGGAAAUGUCAAAUUCCAUUUGCACAAGUUUCCCCUGCUGUCCAAGAGUUUUCGCUUGCAGAAGCUGAUAACGACUACCAACAACGAAAAGACUGAUGAAAUAUGCAUUUCGGAUAUCCCUGGCGGUGCAGCUGCUUUUGAAAUUUGUGCAAAAUUUUGUUACGGCAUGACUGUGACCCUCAAUGCUCACAAUGUGACUGCCGCACGAUGUGCAGCUGAGUACCUACAAAUGCACGAAACAGUCGAUAAAGGGAACCUGAUCUAUAAAAUAGAAGUCUUCCUCAGAACUAGUAUAUUGCGUAGCUGGAAAGAUUCAAUCAUAGUUCUCCAGACUACAAGGUCUCUUUUACCAUGGUCUGAGGAUCUGAAGUUGAUUGACCAUUGCAUAGAGUCUAUAGCUUCCAAGGCCUCAACUGAUGCUUCUAAAGUGGAAUGGUCAUACACGGACAACAGGAAGAAGCUUCCUUCUGAAAAUUGUUUGGAAACACAUUGGAAAGGCAUCAGGAAAGAGAAUUCAGUGCCCAAGGACUGGUGGGUCGAGGACUUAUGUGAACUUGAAAUUGGCUUUUUUAAGAAGAUCAUAAUGGCCAUCAAAGCCAAGGGGAGAGUCUCUUCUGAAGUGAUUGGGGAAGCACUGAAAGCCUAUACUUAUAGGAGGCUCUCAAGUUUGGGCAAAGAAAAGGGAGGUGAUCCCAAUAAAAACCGGUCAUUGCUGGAGACUAUCAUUUUGUUGUUGCCCUCAGAGAAAGGUUCUGUGUCCUGCUGUUUUCUUCUGAAGUUACUAAGAGCUGGUAGUUUACUGGAUUGUAGUGAAUGUAGCAAAAGGGAACUCGUGAAGCGAAUAGGCCGCCAGUUAGAAGAUGCAUCAGUGCCCGGUCUCUUGAUUCCUAGCACCUCAGGAGAAAACACCAUAUAUGAUGUCGACAUGGUUCUCAACAUAGUGGAAGAAUUCAUAAUGCAGGAUAAUAGUGAUGUUCAACUCAGCACAAAUGAGGAGCUUCAUGAGUUAAAUGCCCCAGCUUUGGCCUCAGGGAUUUCAAAGAUCACAGUAGCCAAGCUAGUCGACGAUUAUCUAAUUGAGAUUGCUAAAGACCCUAAUUUACCUCUUUCCAAAUUUAUCGAUCUUGCUGAGAUUCUACCAAGUGAUUCAAGACCUGUACAUGAUGGGCUUUAUCAUGCCAUUGACACUUAUCUCAAGGAACAUCCAGGCCUUGGCAAGAGUGAGAAGAAGAAGCUAUGUGGCCUGAUGAACUGCAAGAAGCUCUCAGGGGACGUUUGCGCACAUGCCAUGCAGAACGAGCGGCUCCCAUUGCGGUUGGUGGUGCAGAUCCUGUACUUUGAGCAGAUGAGGGCAUCUGCCGCUACCACCAGCCGAGCUGAGAGUGGCAACUCGUAUGGAAGCUCAAGGUCAGCCAUCACGACCAACACUGAAGACGAAUGUGAUGGCGUGCCGAAUGCAGAAGACGGUAAAGCUCGGAAAUUUACAAAGCUUAGUGAAGGAGGAAAGGGAUGCGAAUGGAGCAGCGGAGGCAACAAUGAAAACAGAAGCAAUGGUCAAGGGAAGAGUGGCAACAGUCAGGUGAAGGGCGUGGUGAUGCCAAAGAAGAUGCUUGGGAAGUUCUUAUUAUCAAGCAAAGGGCAGGCUGGGGGGAGCAGCAGCUCCUCUGACACUUCUUCUGGAAGUCCAAACUCAGCCAAACAAGGGGAGCCUAAGUUGACUCCUUCCAGAAAUAUAAGGUACACAGUUUUAUAGAUUGGAUUCACUACUCGCAAGAAGCAAUGACUGUUAGCUUAAUGGUUUACUUAGUUCAAUCAACACCCAGUUUUGCAUCUACAAACAGUGUAGAAGCUGGUUUUGAUAAAGCCUGAUAUAAGAAAUAGAAGUCUGGUUCUUUAGUAGGCAAAAAACAAAAAAUCCUUAAUCAUUUAUUUACCUCGAAACUUCUUUCCAAUUAUUCCUAAACUUAGGAAUAAUUUUUAUUUUAUGCAAAUAUAUUCAAUUUAUGGUUAUUAUCCUUAUAUUAGUAAAAACUGAUAGAUAGCUUUGGCUAUGGCCUCACCUGAAGCAUCCUCCAUCCAAACCCAUCUAUCUGAAUCGACUUCAAAUCAGAUUAAAAAUAUUAAAAUCCACCUUAGAUACAUUGGACGGAUCCAAAUCUCUAAAACCUAACUCGAUACCAUCCAUAAUUAAUGGCGCCUAUCCACAAAGAGAUGUAGUACAUAAUUGGUGCUACAACUAUUACUAAACGUCGAAAGAAACGUUCUUUGUGCAUACUGCUGUAGGAGCAUAUCCUUCCAUUUCAAAGAGAGUUCAUUCACGAAUGACAUGAUUGUACGAUUGGAGUGAGUAGGGAAUCUUAUACGAUUUUGACUACCAUCGUGGAUCUAUAUUUGAUAGAAAUGCUCAUGUAUCUAAGU